UUGUAUUAUUUGUUUUUGUGUGUGUGCGAAUUUUUUUCCAUUUUAUUUUUUACUAACGCAAUCUUUUUCGAUAUUUAUACAACGGAAACGGAAACAAAGGUUCGGAAUGGCGGAACAGAGUUUAUUUGAUAUGCAUCAAUAUUACCCGGAAACCGAAGAGCAAGCAAAAAUACAUAAGAGGCGUAAAGUUAAAAAGCAAAAAAAGGAAACGAGGGAACCCGUCCGCUUAGAUUCCUUGAACAUUGAUGGAGUUGUGAAGAUUGUAAUGUCCAGUCAUACACAGCUUGCAAUUCAAUGCGUAGUUGGGAGUGAUGUUACCGCACAAAAUGCAUGGAAGUACGUUUCCAGGGAUUUACUUCACGAUUACAUCGAACAGCAAGACGGUCUUAACACCAAGCAAUUUGAAAAUCUGAAAUUGAAAAUUAAAGCGUUUCCUAAUCCAAACGUAUUGGUAGCUUAUAUACCUAGUGAUGAAGAUUGUGAUGAGUUUUGCAUUACUCUUACGCUCGAAGCCGAGAAAGAAGUUUUAGCACACAUCGAUGCGAUUUGUAAAGAUCAAGAGGAAAAGUUAAAUAAUGCUAUUAAUAAAUCAAUUCAAAAGUGGAAAAGUCGCGGCAGUGAAAUAGAAGUAGAUUUUCAGGUUCCGAAAGAUAAUAGACCUUUGUUGGAAGUUGAAGUGGAGACUGCUUAUCCAAUAAUAUCUGCUAAAUGUCGAUUUAAAUUGAGAUUAGUUGAAGAAGCUCGGGAUGGUUACGUAAGCGUGGUGGUCGGACGUACAGUUUCUGAAAAUGUGGUAAAGAGAAGAAUAGAUGAGUGUAUUCAAGCUAUCCCUGCGGUUAGGUCCAGUGAAGCUCAAACUGUUUGCACGUAUCCGAAAAACAUUUGGACUCAGUACGAUUUUAAUGCGGGCGAAGUGAAAAAUCUUACUAAAGCAUUCGUUCGGAAUAUUUCACAUUUCGUCGAUGAUAAACUAGACUUGUUUGAAGACAUGGUUUAUUUAAACAGUUCUGUAAAUUUAUACACAAGUGAUUAUAGUGACCUAGUGAAAAAUGUUAAAUGCGUUCAAAAACGAGCAAAAAAGACAUUUGCGGAAUACACGUCGUUCUUUCAUUACGAGGUAUGCAAAGGAAGAACAAUUGUCGAUCUUGAUUGGCAUCCUAUGUGGACAGGCAUCUUUGUUGCUGCAUAUUCAAGUCGUGCUCUUACUUCUUAUUCUAAAGGUAAACCGUCCCUCGAUGAAGUAGAUGAAGCGACAUUUCGCGUUGCGCCUGUUUUAUUAUGGUCUUUCAACGAUAACCUCAGCCCAAAGUUGUACUUGGAAGUUACAAGAGAAGUCAGUGCUCUGUCAUUUUGCCCAUUUCAUGAACACCUGUUGGUUGGGGGUUGCAUCAACGGACAACUUAUAAUUUGGGAUUUGACAGGAAAACUAGAACUGAUAGAAAGUGAAGAAAUCCUCACCACGAAGCAAGAAGGGUAUAGAAAAUUAAUGCACUCGUUAAUUCCAUGGAUGAAAAAUAUCAGUAAUAUGAAAAUAGUUCGACCAGUAGUCACGUCAAAUUUAGCUUACUCCCAUUCCGCACCCGUAACGUCUAUUAAAUGGAUAUCCCCGUAUCGCGAAAUAACUAAAUCUGGUCAAUUAAAGCACAUACCUGUGGAAGAGAAGAGGACAAGUUUACAGUUCAUUUCAUCUUCUCAAGAUGGUACCGUACUUGCGUGGGAUCUCAAUUUGCAUUCCGCCGAAAAAUGUGCGCCACAAGUUAGUAAGAGGAAACACACACGGUUAAAAAAUCGCCCUGCCGGUUUAGUAAAAAAUGUUUCGCCUUAUAGUGUACUCAACAGAAUAUUCAAACCUACCUUCAAAAUAAAUGUGUUUGCACCAGAUUCGACAAGGAAUCUACCUUUGGCUGCAUUGCACCUUAGAGACCUACCUUGUCAUUACGUUGAAAAGUAUCCAGAUCCACAUCGUCAAUUCGAUGUAACGCAACGUUUAUACUAUGAACCAGUACUAUCGGUGUCACAAGAACCCUUAGCAAACCAACUGCAAUUCGGAAGUAUGGAAGGUGAUUUUCUUACAGUGUCCUGGGAAGGAUUUUCGUUUAAUACCGGCGAAGCAGUUAACAAGGAAUUGGGACGUAUAGAACACAUUUCCAAAUUUCACGAUGGCCCAAUAGUGUCAUUAUACAGAUCACCUUUAUAUCCUGAGCUGAUUUUGACCGUAGGUGGUAAGAUAUUUGCAUUAUGGAUUUUAAAAUUCCUCAAGGAGCCCGUCUUCUGGAGGACAUCUACACAUAGAUACACCUACGGGUUGUGGAACACAGGUUUACCUUCGGCAUUUCGUUUAACCAGGUGUGAUGGUUGCGUAGAAAUAUGGUACUUAAAAGUUCGUAGUGAUCGGUACCAUCAGGAAUUCCGUGUGUCCGGAGGCAACCUGGGCGGUACGUUUACGCAUCCAUUUGAUUUGCAGCAAAGUGUCGAUGCAAUUUCUGAUUAUAAUGGUUCCUUAAGGUUAUUCAUCACAACUCGUGUAAUCAGCAGUGAAAUGGAAGACGAGAGAAAGGCUUUAGUACAGCUAUGCGAGCGCGAAGUUGAUCGGAAGUUAAAAAUUAAAAAAUGGCAGGAAGAUUGGGCGGUUCGGAAUGCGGAGUUGAUUAAAUUUAAAAAGGAGCAAAUUUCUUCAUCUCAACAAAAGAAGGAAGACGUCCACCACAAACCAGGUCUCAAGGAGACGGAACAGAAACAUCAACUAGAGGAGGUAAAAGUUAAUGUUGAUAAAUGGAGAAUAAAGGAAGAAAAGCGUAUGCAAGCGGUUUUAAUGGAAAAAAAAGCUUUAGAUAUUUCGCUUUUAGAAAAACAGAGAGAGCCUCUCCUAAAAAUACUUCAGGACAAAAAUGAUAAAAUUAUUAAAAUGAAAGACCGUCAACACAAUGCCAAUGACAUAUUUAAUCAGACAGUCGCAAAAGUCUUUUCAGAUGCAGUAGAGAAAACGGCAAUUUCUAACAUACAAGAAGAUAUAGUCACGGACGAUGUAAGUAAAGACAUAUAUCAGAACUAUUUAGAGAUAGAAAAGGUGAAUACGGAUAUUGUAAAUAAGAACAAAUACACUAAACCAUUUGAUUGGUUCGCAAUGUGCAAUGCUGGUAAAGAACGGCGUAGAGCAUUAGAUGCACAUUAUGGUAGUUCCAAUCAUAAACUAAGGCGUUUGAGAGAACGAAGUGGUACAUAAGCAGGUUAUAGGCAUCGUUUAAUUUAUACGUCAUUUAUACUGUGUUUAUAAAUAUGUAUUUCAGCAGCCCAAAUAAAUUAUACA